AUGGAAGAACAACAAUUAGAACCUUCAGAAUUAAAAUUUAUUUCUGCUUUUCUUGUUGAUAUUGAUAUUACUAAAGUAAAUAAGAAAUUACAUUUCCCAUUAAUUGUUAAAAAAGAUAAAACUGGUAAUCAUAAUACUAAUGAACCUUGUGUUAUGAGAGUUGAUAAUAUAUUAUUAGAAGAUCUUAUUAAAUUCCAACAGAUUGAAUAUAAAAUAAUUAGAGGUUAUUAUUGGACUGGUAAUAAGUCUGAUUUAUUAUCUAACGAGAUGUCUAAAUUGUAUAAUUUAAGAAGAGAUUUUAAGAAACAAGGUAAUCCUGUACAAGAAGUAUUUAAAUUAAUUAUGAAUUCAUCAUAUGGUAAGACUAUUCAAAACCCCAUUAAAUCUGAUUUUGUUUAUAAACAAAUAUCUGUUAAAAAUAUUAAAGGAGUUAUUCAAUAUGAUGCUGAUAGAUAUUUAAGAAAGAACUCGUUAUUAGUCAAAUCAUUUUAUGAUGUUGCUGAAAAUAUUAGAUGUUUUGAAUGUAAUAAAAGUUUUGAUGAUUUCUUUGUUCCAAAUCUUAUUGGUGUUCAAACUCUUACUAUGUCAAAACGUAUUAUGAAUGAAGUUAUGUGUUUAGCAGAAGAUCUAAAUAUUCCAAUUCAUUAUCAAGAUACUGAUAGUAUGCACAUAUUAAAAUCGAGAAUUACUGAAUUAGAAUAUGAAUAUUUUUAA